CGUCUCUCUGUCAAACGCGGGUAAACUUUCGCCGCUGUCAAACCUCUUAACGUCUCUUCCCGACCGUCCAGCAUUUCGAGAGAACGCCCCGUACAGUCACAAGCAGGUGCAGAUCAAACCUAUUCCGCAUUCUUGUACAUCAGGAUGGGCACGGCCAAACGGGAUCUCCGGACUUCCGGUGACCUGGUGAUGGCGCCGCGGGUACCGCAUGGAUUAGCGGCUGCCGUCGAGGGGCUCACUCGGGAGGUGAUACGACAUCGGCCAGAGGACAUUUACGUCUUUGCGGCACAGCACUUCGAGGAGCUGCUGAAACUGCGGGACGAGUACGGAGCGGUUGGCAGCCUGCCGGGGCGAAGCGGAAACACCGCCGCCCUCCGCGAGAUAAACGAGUCCCUGAAAAAGCGAAGCGGCACCGACGCCAAGUCUCCCGGUGAAAAAAAUAUGAGGGAACGCAGUGGGUGGUCGAUGAACGAGACGGCGAGAGUCCUCGAGCGACACAGAAGCAUAUUUGGCGACAAAGGGCGGAAGGUCAGUACCGAGGAGGUUAGAGCUCUUGGGAACGAGAAGGAGAACAAGGCCAGGCGCGGGGAUGACGCAGGAGUCGACAAGUUCCCGGUUAGUCAGAAAAGGCGUGGCUCCAACGAGAGGUUCGUUAAGAGGCGGAUGCCCAGAGACGCGGAGGCGGCUUCAGAUAACAAGUCGAAGAGUGACUGCAACGGGAACCCGAAGAUCAUUUCGCAGAUCCCGUCCUUGACCGGCACGGGAAACCUCCUGGCUAAGGACAUCAAGUCCGAGCUCAGGAAGAACCGGAACAGCAGCAAGGACAGUCGGAGUACACGCGAGGUUGGCUCUAGGCAACCAGGGGGAUUGAAGAAGACGUUGAUGAGAUCCUCGCGCGAGAAAUCGUUGGACAAGUUCAUCGAGAGAGGAAAGGAGGACGAUAAGGAUGAUUUGACAGGUGUGGUCAAGAAGGAGAAGAACGCAACGGAUAAUCAAAAGCAGAAGACUGACGCCAAGGCCUUAUCGCGGUCGCUGGCGAAGAUACCGAGGACGAUGAGCAUGGACAGAGUCCGGGAGUUUGUCCUUGACAAGUUCCGUUCCUCUGAAAGUCUGGAGGAGCUGAGAUCGACGAAUUACGUCGACAGAGUGCAGGAGGUGAUCGACGAUGCGGCGCCGUCGAUACUGAGGAGGGUGAGGGAGAUGACCGCGAGAUCUUCGGCUGGACAAAGUAGCAGUAGGGGAUACGAGUCGGUUGACGAAUCGACAAGCACGUCGACGAGAUCCGACAAAUCGAAUCAGACCGACGACGUCAGAAGCAGAAGCGCAAUGUCGGCGAUGAGACGGUCGAGAAAGUCGACGCGGCGACGAAGCCGAUCGAAAUCGGCGAAGAUGUCGGCGGGUGCCGAUUCACUCGAAGGUAUCGAAACCCUCGCGUCGGAAACUGAGCCGGUGAAACAGCCGGAGACGAAGAGCGUAAUAGCAGAUGCUACCAAGUCCGCCGAAAGUCGAAGCACUCUUAAGGGUCUCGCGAUUUCGAGGGAAGAGGAGUGUAUAGGAUCCGCGAAGCGGAGCACCGGAAACGGUGAAUCAGACGCAUCCGAUCAUCCUGACGCUACUAGGAAGGCUUCGGUCAGCUCGCCCAGCGUCUCCUUGCCCGCCGUCAGACCUCCAUCGUCGAAGAAUACCUCGAGAAGCGUGUCGCGAACCGAUUCCGACAACCUGGUGCUGCCUCCGAUUCCUCCCGAGCUUUCCAGGUCCCUAAAACAGCGGGAGGAACUCGUUCUCCCCAGUCUACAGGGCUCGGCACGAACCCCGGAACCGAAGGGCGGCCUCCUCGACUUGGGAACACCCGAUGGGGGUCCGUCUUCCUUCAGAAGCGCGGCUGAGGUCGAGCUCAAUCUGCCCGACGCUCCGACGGAGGAGAUUUUCAAGGAUAGCUUGAAUGUCACUCCGGAUAUCGGUGAGAACGCGUCGCCGAGGCCCGAUUCGCUCGAGCCGGAUGAGCACGGGGAUAACAUUGCCGAGCUCAAAUCGAAGCUGAAUGAGGUGGGAACGUUUGGCGCGGCUCAGGCGAGCGUUGGGAUAACCGAGAGUUUGAGGGAAAUCGAGGAAACUGAGAAAAGGAUUGAGAAUCUACUGACGAUUGAGCAGAGUCGGAGUUCGAUCAACAAUGCUGACGCUACGUCUGUAAAAGAAAAGCUUGUAGAAAUACAAGAGGCGGAAGAGCGACUCCGGAAUGCGAUAGAUCCCGGUGCUAAAAAUGAGACGCAGGAAAUCCAGGGAGUAACAAUAGACGUCGGGGUGAAGGAGAAGCUGAUUGAAAUACAGGAAACUGAGAAAAGAAUUGAGAAGAUAUUGCAGCCUGAAGAUCGGGAUACUCGAAACCCUGAUGUUGAUGUUGGGGUGAAGGAAAAGUUGGCGGAAGUUGAAGAGGCCGAGAAGAGAAUAGAGGAAAUAUUGCGUUCCGAGCCUCGGGAUAUUGAUAAAGAAGAGAAUUGUGCCGAAGUGAAGGAGAAAGCGAUUGAAGCUAAGCAUACCGGAAUAACCGUCGAGGAAAGGAUGCACUCUGAGACUCGAGAAAUUCUGAAGGCGGGUAACGAGGCGGGAAUGAAAGAGAAAUUGAUGGAAAUUGAGGAAACGGAGAAGAGAAUCGAAAAGAUAUUGCAUCCUGGGGCUCAGGAAACUCGGGACGUUGGAAAUGACGCUGAAACUAAGGAGAAACCGGUAGCGAUUGAGGAUACCGUUAUACCCAUUGAAACACCGCCAGAUUCCGUAUAUCGGAAAAUUCCGAAAACCGGCGUCGAUGCGACUGAACAUAGAAUCGAGAAGGUAUUGCAUCCCGAGGCACAGGCCAUUGGAAAAGAAAAAAGCAUUCGUGAAGUGAAGGUGGAUCCGGUGAAGAAUGUGGAAGUAACCUGUUCAGAGAGUCAGCAGAUUCCGGAGAGCAGAACCGAACCUGCAGGAUUUAUGAAGGAGAAGCUGAUGGAAGUUGAAGAGGCAUCGAAACGGUUGAGCACCGUCCUCGAUUCCGCUGGGAAAGAAGAAAAGCUGGGUCAAAUAGGCGCCGGCCACCAUAUCGGCGGAUUCGAGGACCGAAAGGAUCCGGUGGCGGUAACGAAUUCCGUUCCGAAGACUCCGUUUAUUCCCGAGAUUCCAACUGAGUACGUUACGAGCACGGUUGAAGCCGUCCCAGUCAAAGUUCCCGUCGCCGAAGAAGAAGCGAAUCGCUCAACACCAGGUGCAGGUCAGAAUUCCGAAAGGUCGACGAAUGCCGGUGAAAAUAGCGAGGAAAAAUCUGAGAAGCUUAUACACGAGAGUAAGACGCUGGACGUAAAAUCGGAUGGGGAACAGCUGCCUUCGGGGACGCCAGAAUCGUUAGGGAAUUCCUACGUCCUUACCGAAGGAUCGCCCUAUGAAAUACCGGACUCCGUAACGACGGUGGUGAUCCCCGACAGACAGGCGGACACGCCGUCGUCGGAGAUACUUGAAAUCGUAAUCGAGGAAGAGGACGCCCGCUCGAAAGACAGCCAAGACACCGAAGAGAGUCGCGAAAUAUCGCUGCGAAAUAUCCUUGAUAACUUCGGGGAGAUCGUUCACCAGGAGGCGACAAUCGUCGGGUCACCUCGCACAGACGUUGAUUUUAUCCGAGGGUUGAAGGCGGGCAAUGAGGUGAUUAUACCCAAGCAGGAUCUCGACCUGAUCAGAGAAGAAGACGACAAAGAAGUGCCGGAGUCUCUGGAGGCGGGAAGCGUCGUUGCAGCCCCUAAGAACGCCGUGACUCCAACCCUCGACGACAUAGCUGAGACAGAGGAGAUCGACGACGUUUCUGGAAAACGAGAGACUGUUGCAAUUGUGGAAUACACAAAGACAUCCAUUCCCGAGGACGGGAGCCGCGGUCUGGUCGACGAAGAAGCGGGGCGGUCGUCUGGAAACCGGGAAAACGAAUCUCUGGAGAGUUCCGGAGUUGAGACAGAGAAUCGUGCCGAGGCUGAAGACUCCUACAGGGCGAUGUCGCCCACGAUGACGUCGGCACUCGAUCUGCUUCAACGAAACGCCACGGAAUCGACGACAACCGAGUCAACGGACGAGGUGAAGGAGACCACGAUAUCCGACGACGGUGGAAUUACGGCGCCCGAAUCGUCGGUGACCUCCCCUUCCUGCGCCGAGAAUCUUCUUGGCCCCAGGAACUCAGAGUCGUCGAACGAGGUGAAGGAAACUACGAUUACCGAUCAGCCGGCGGAGGACGGUGGUAAGAAUCUGUACAGCUUGGUCCCCCAGUGCCAUGGCUCGAUGCCACACGUCCCAGAGUUGAAUUUAGACUCACUCCAGGAUAUCACCGUUUCGUCGUUCCAACUCUCGGACGAUCCGACUGCCGAAGAAAACAGCGACGUCGGUCAGCCGUCCAGCGAGAAUGAAACUUCUGCACUCAUUAACGGGACGAAUGAGAAUAGGGAGCCCAUUCGGGAAGAUACUAUUGUCAAGGAAAACGUUGUCGUGAGAGAAGAUCCCUGCACUAAAGUAGUCGCCUACCUCACUCAGCCGGACGCUACUGUUACCGGUUCUAAAUCUGUGGAUAUUGACGUUGAAGGCAAUUCGGCGACUCUGAAAGUGGGAAUUGAGGGAGGUGAAGAGGAGGUCGCGAAGAAGGUACUUGAAAAAGUGGACGAAGUCGCUGGACAAAUUUGUGACACGUUGGACAAAAAAGAAGCUGAAGAGGCACCUGACAAUAUAUCUGAGAACUUGGUUGAGCAGGUAAAUAUGGAUGUGGUUAAAACGGAACAUGGAAAACUGGAUGAAGAGGUGAUGAAAGAGGAUUUCGAAAAAGUACACGGGGAGUUGGUCAAAAAACAAUCUGAAGAACUACUUGAAGAAGGAGCUGGAAAAGAACCUGCGGACGUAACAGUAAAAAUACAUGGAGAAUGUUCUCAGAAGGAACCUGCAGGAGUACAUGAAAAAUUGGCGGAAAAAGUGUCCGAACAGGAAACUGUAAUACUGCAUGAAGACUUACCUGGAAAAGUAUGUGAAACGAUGGUUGCAAAAGUUCAGAGCGAGGUGGUUACGGAUCAAGAGCCCAAAAUCGUACCCGAAGGGGUACCAGCAAAUGUAACUGUACAGAUCACUGAAGAAGUACACGAAGAACUUGCUAAAAGUAAACCUGAAGCGGUACACGAAGAACCGAACAAAAUCGAACCAGAGGAAUCGCGUCAAGAAUUGACUAAGAAAGAACUUGAGGAAGUGUCCGAAAAGGGUGAUAAAAAGAUAGUUGAAGACGUGGUUAAAAAAGAACACGGAAAAUCGGUUGAAAAGGUGGAGGAAAUACAUCAAGAAGUGCCGGUAAACGCGGUUGACAAAAUACGUGCAGACGACGACGAAAAGUCUAUUAAAAAGGAACCCAAAGAACGGCCUGAAAUAGAAUCUAAAAAAGUGGAUGAAACGGUACCUGCCGCGCAAACAACCGAAAAGAAAACCGAAGGAUCAGGGGAGGAAGACCUGCACGUCAUCAAUGAGACCAAAAUGGAACUUGAAGGAGUGAAUGAAAAGACAGCGGAUGACGCGACUUUGGUAUCUCAGAGCUUGCAGAUUGCGGAGGGACUCGAAACGCCCGCGGUCUCAUCUGCACCUGCGGCCGCGGAUCCCCCGCAUGCGGAAGUAGUUACGAACAUCCUCGUCGACGAUGGGACAUCCGGAGAGCGAAUGAAGUACCAUAUUUACGUACCCGAGGUAACGGCGAGCGAGGAAAGCACCACCGAAACUAGCACAUUCAAUUCCGCAGCGACGAAAAUUCAGGCCGGAGUUCGCGGAUUCCUGACUCGCAGGCGGCUCCAGAGCGCUCAGCGGCGCAGUUCCACCCUCGACAGUGUUCCCUCGAUUCAGGACAGCGUCGCGGCGGAUGCGCCGCACCUGGAACCGAUCGAGGAAGUCGGACUAGCCCAAGCUGCGACCACGAUUCAGAGCGGCUAUCGCGGUUACAAAGCGAGGCAGAGACUACGCCGCGAGGAUGCGGUUCAAAAAACAACGUUGUCGGUGGAGGGCGCGUUUUCUGGUAACGGCCUGCAGCAUACCGGAGAAUUUCAUGACUGUUUACCACUACCGGUGAUUGUCGGCGACCUCAAACCCAUUGAUAAGUUAUCAGCAGGACGUCAACGUCAACCACCCGAACCUGCCGGUCGUACCGACGAUCCGGCGAUCAGUAGAGAAACCGCGAAGAUAGCUCAGCGGCUUGCUGUCAGUGAGGAUAACAACGGCACGGAAAAGCGCGAGGACCCUAUAGAGGAGAAUCACGAUUCCACGGAAUCUUGUAGCGGCAAAGAGGGAGAUGACGAGGAAUCGAGGUUUCGAUUGAUCGUCGAAAAGUAUCCUCACGCCGAUCAGGGACUCAAUUUUGUCGUAGUUUCGAGCAACGACGCGGUCCUCCAGAGUCAGUACCUCAACUUCAUAACCAGCAUCGAGGAAGUUCCGAACGACACGGACUCCCUGGUCGGUUCCGGGCCGAACUUGAGGGUGAUCGAGGACCUUCAGUCCUUUUUGAAGAGCACCGCCGGCCUCGAAAGCCUACCGAACGACACGACUUGCUGCAGUGACGUGUCUGCGAGCAGCUCGAUGAGCGUCAGAGAGCCUCUGGCGAUUCCCGGGACACCGGCGACGGGAGUCAUAAUAGAGGAACUUUCGAAAACCGAGGAGGAAAGCGCAAUUCCGGAUGUGAUAACAUUGACGUCGGUAAACAACUCGAACGACGUCAACGACUCGGUAACGAAUACCGAUGACGGAAACUCGGACGUGCCGGGAGAUUCGCUCGUCGAUUUACCCGGAUUGUCUCUGGAAACUAAGCACGUCACGCCGAUGGUUACGGACGUUGGAAAGGAAGCCGAGGCUGGUGUCUCGGUCGAUGAACGUCCGGAGGUCGAACUGCCCGGGGAAGUACCUCAGGACGGAUCUCUUGGCACGAUGUCGUUCUCGAUGAACGUUGAGGAUAUGCUUGGCCUCGGGGCGGAGAGCGAUCCUCCCUCGAAGAUGAAGCCGAUUUUCGAAGUCACCGUCACGCCCAGGGACUUGUUGAAGCUGACUAGCAACAGGUCCCAGGGCAGUCAGGCCAGCGGUGAAAGGGUCGAAUCUCCGGUCACCAUGAUGCAGAUCGUGCCGAAGAGCGUCGAGGAGAAAUCGGACAGGUCGGAGGACGAGAGAAGCGGGGAGCCCAAGAGUUCGAAGGGAAAGAUCGGUAGCGCCGAGGGUAAUUCUGAUCCGAUUAAGGAGAGUCGCGAUGAUUCGGCUCAAGGGAGAAGGAAAAAUGAGGUCUCCAGUACGGCGGAAACUUCGCGAACGUAUUCGAACGAUAAAAGUAGUCACGAUUCCCCGACUGGAGGAGAGAAAAAUGUGGUUUAAACUUCUAAGCGCAGUUGUAGUGCAAUGCAAAUUAUUUAGGUUCGGUAUGUCGGUAUAAGUCGCCUUAUAUGUUACUUUAUAAUGGUAGAUAGACGCGUCGACGUAGCGUCAACGGCGGAAUGAUCAUCGCACAUGAGCGUAAAAUCAAAUUAGCAUUUCCCUUUUGGUA